AGAGUGAUUUAAUUCCAUACAUCACGGGAUAUACAUUCGUAGAUGCAGAGUGAUUUAAUUCCAUACAUCACGGGAUAUACAUUCGUAGAUAGGGCCCACGAGAAAACCUUUUUGGUUUUUCUCACCCAGACGUCGCCCGUUUGGCAAGAAGGGCCGAAUCUGUUAGGUACUCACAAGGAAACCACGGCGACUAUGACGAUGACGAUGAUGAUAGAGACGUUGGCGAUGAUGAUUAUUAUGAUGAUCAGGGCACAGAGGGGGAGGAGGAGGAGGACGGUAGCAAGCCACGGUGAAUGCAGAGAAUUCGGUAUUUCACAGGUAUUGCUCGCUGUAAUGUUAUUGACCCCAUGCCACGUGGACGACACCAACUUGAAGUGGGUCUUCGCCACAGUCCUUGCCGCUCCCUCCUCCUCCUCCUCCUCCUCCCCCCGCACAACGAUGUCUUCCUCUUAUCAGCAUUCAUCCUCUUCUUCCUCGGCAUCGGAGGAAGGUAGGGGCAGUGGCACUCCCAUGACUCACAUCUUCUCAUCCACAAUUAGGAAAGAUGAUGAUCAUCUGCAUCCUUACUCUCCACACAAUCCGUCAGAUAAGGAGCAGCAUCUGGAUCACCAUCUUCAUCUUUCUGGUCUUCAGCAUCAUCGUCAUCAUCUUCAUCACAAUGAGAAGACAUGGCAGGAGUCGCAGCGGCAACUCGUGACCGAUGAUAAAGCUGUUCCAAGUCAUCAAGCCUCUCAACCUUAUCCCUGGCCGGAGGAGUUGGCACGUGAAAUCCUUGAUGAGAAUCUAUUGAGCAUGCCUCGAGGAAAUUCGAUCAACUUGGAAAACGUUAUCGCUAGAGAUGGACGCUUGUAUGGUUCCUAUGAGAGUAGCUCCGAGGUGUGGGCCCUAUCAUUCUCACCUGCAGACUGGUCAUUGUUUUCCCUCUUGAACUAUGGGUUAUGGAAGGUUGACCUUAACAGUGGUACUGCUUCGCUAGCAGAGGGCCACUGGCUCAAUAAUGCGGGCUUCGGAGGCAGUUUCCUGCAAGCCUUCACCAUGCUGGACGACCAAAGGAAAUCGGGGAGUAGUACGUCUUUGAACAGAGUUGCGGUAGUUGCAGAGCCCUUCAACACCUCUCUCCAUGCGUACAACGUAGACCACGGUUCGAUUCCUCCUCCAUUCUCUAUUGUGCGUUACAUGCCGGAUGCUCCUGGCGAUUCGCGAUUGCUCAGUCUGGCUUGGGACUCGAACCAUAGGAUCUUGUACGCAUCGACACCCACUGUGAUAUACCGAAUGAACCUUUCAGUCAGCGAUGGCAGGAACGCCGUGCUGGAGAGGUGGGUAGGUCCUGAUCUGAGUUCAGUUGGUCUUCAGGAUGGCAGCAGUAUUCCAAGGGCCAUGAGGGUCCCAGAACCCUUCCUCAGCUCGUUCGCCAUAUCUGCUGAUGGUAAGCUCUUGUACGUGGCAUUUGCCAGGAUUUCGGCGAUAGGGAGGUUGAAGACGUCCUCCGGAGCCCUGGAGGUACUUGCCAAAACAGGUUCGCCCGAGGGUGCGGAGUUUAUUGAGCCCGUGGGGCUCGCUUUAACAUCGGACGGAUGCCAUUUAUUUGUCUCAGAGAUUGGCGGACGACUGAUCCUUGUCUCGUUGGCUUACAGUGGUGGUCCUGUGGUCUCCGUCCGAACUGUGGCCAUUGCACGUCGUCCAGAUGGGAGAAGCGUAACGGUCAUGAGAUCUCUGGCCCUGACGCAGGACGACACAAUGCUUUAUGUAGGAAGAGUUGACUACCAGAUUUGGGAGCUUGCAAUCAAUAAAUCCGCCCUGCCCCCUUGGGGGGGGCCCUACCCAGGUAACUCUUAUAGUCCUUCGCCUCCUCGUUCAGUUUCUCCUUCAGCUGCUCCUUCACCUUCAACUUCAUCUUCUCCUUCUCCUUCUCCUUCUCCUUCUCCUCCGGCCCGUCCUUCAGCCCUUCCUUCAAUGGGCGUCUUCAUUGGGACUUCGGCGGUAGUCCUGGUCAUUCUUGCUUUCUCUGCUGCCAUCGUCGAGAGCAGGCGCCACUGCUUGCAAUCCUGGUUCUUGCAAUGUGAAAGUCAGGGAAGGAGCCUAGGAUUGGUAAAUGACCCUGCGUGUCCUUGGCCGUGGUCAUCCCGCAAGGGCAGUGAUCAGAAAGGCCAGCAGCGUGUGUGCUCGACAACACGUGAUGGGCUUGAGGCUCAGUUGAGACCAGCUGCUCCAGUGAAACAGUACUCGUUCCAGGAGAUCCGAGAAGCUUGUGAUGGCUUAAGCUCUGCACGGUUGGUGGGGCAGGGGGCAGCUGCUAAGGUGUACAAGGGACAGCUAAGCAACGGGCAAGCCGUGGCCGUUAAGAUGAUGAAGGGGGAGUUCUCAGAGACAAAGUUCCGCCAGUUCCAAGCGGAGCUGGAUGUGCUGGGCACACUUCGUCACAGCCACCAGUGCAGCAUCAUCGGAUACUGUGCGGAGGGAGGGAAGUCGUUCAUCAUCUACUCCCCAUUCGCGGAGGGAGGGACGCUGCACGAUCGGUUGCACUGCGCACGGAUUGCCUCCACGGACAAUGCCCCUGAGCACCAGCUCAGCAAGGAUGAAGACUCUAAGGAGGAUGAAAACCGAGUUGAGCAUCCGGCAUGGAACCGCGUCGGGCUGGGCAGCAGCAACUCCGCCUCCAGCGGUAUGAGGAGGCCGGCAGCGCUGAGCUGGCCCGAGAGAGUCUCUAUUGCCCAGCAGAUCGGCCGAGCACUGCGCUAUCUACACGAAGAAGUAGACCCACCGGUCAUCCACAGGGACGUCAAGAGCAAAAACGUGCUGCUGGAGGAUCGAUCUACAUGCGAAGGGGGAGCAGGGAGGGAAAGGGGAGGAGAGCAGGGAAUAUGUCGGCAACGGACAGUUAGGGCUUUUCUAUCAGACUUCGGACUGGCGAAGCUGGGACAGAGCAUCUUUGGGGGUCGGUUGUGGUCAGGCUCGACUGUGGACACGUAUCACGUGGCAGGAACAUUCGGGUACAUAGCACCCGAGUACUACACCUCAUGCCGCCUUACGACCAAGAAUGAUGUGUAUGCUUUCGGGGUCGUCCUCUUGGAGCUCAUAACCGGUAGAAAACCAUUUGGCGGGUCAUUAACUGCUGACGGUGAGGGUAGGAAGGCGAUGGGGGUACACGAGGGGAGGAAAAAGGAGGAGGACAAUGAAAUCGGAUCACUGACUCUUACCUCCUGGGUGUCCAGAAUGCUCGGAGGGUCGGCACCCCCUGUUGCCUACUGGAUACGUUCAGACAUGCCAGGAAGAUCAGUCAUACCAGCGCUCACAACAAGGAUAACUAGCAGGGAGACGUUCAAGGAACGUAUUCAGCAGAUUGCAGACCCGGAGUUCCAUGAGAAGGCAGCAAUGUGGACUGGUGUGCUGUUUGCAGCAUGGCGGAGGUUGCCAUGGCCUGCAUCGCGGACAGUCCAGAGCUGCGACCGCGGAUGAGUGUCGUAAUCGAAAGACUGACCCAGCUAGAGAAUGACAGUGAUUUCCAAGGACGGUAACGGUGAAUUCCCCG